AUGGCUGACUAUGUAACCACCAUCGAUGCCAUGUCCGCGACGCUGGGCUAUGGCGACAUCAACGAAUAUCACGCCGACCCGGAAGCGAUACAGGGUUUGAAGCUGUUGGUUUGGAUCUUGAAAAACGACAAAGCAGACCACGAGUACCGGCGUUACAUCGGAGAAAAGCAGCUCGUGCAAACGGACCUGAUUCCGUCGCUAGUGCACGGGUUCCAGAAACCGGAAAUUGCCGAUGUGUUGCUGCGUCUGCUCGUAAACUUGACCUUCUCGACGGAGCUGCUUUACAAGGGAAGCUACCCAAAAGACGCAUCGGAGCAGAAAAAAGUGUUACAACUGAUGGAAAUAGCGGAACAGUACAAGGAAGCGUUUGCCGUAAAGGCUGUGUGGUCGAUGCUGGGAGAAAAAAUGCAACAAAUCUUACGCAUCGACUUUUCGGAGCGCAGCGAAGCGCAAUCGGUCACCGUAGAACGUAUCCUAAUCCUUACACGAAACGUGCUGCAAGUACCGGCUAACGUAGAAAGAGAACAGCAGCUAGAUGACGAUGCCAGUCUGCACGAUCGUUUGCUGUGGUCUCUGCACCAAACCUGCACCAUCGACACGGUCCUGUACGUCCUGGGAUCACCUCUAGAGCAACAAUAUUUCAUGCAUUCGCUGGAGAUCAUGAGCCUUGUCUAUCGCGAACAGCAGCCAGCGGCUCUGGCCGAUGCCACACUACAGCGCAGGACGGCCGAAAAGAAGGAAGACGAAAUGAAGCUCAUCCAAGCGCUGCACCCGGCGACGAAAACGACUAAGCAACUGCCAGCGGCACGCCAUUCCCGCUUCCGGGGGACGUACACGUUUGGCAACCUCAAAUCGGUAUCGGACAAUGACUACAUAUCGCACCAAUCGUUGAACAAAAUCAUGAAUGCGGACCUGGGCAUAGACAAGCAACGAAUUAAGAAGUCGUUCCGUCAAAUGAAGCAGCCGGACGAGGUUGAGAGGAAAAGUAUUUUGUCCGUUAGGAUGUGUUUGCGGGAGUAUUGCGUGGAAGUUCUAUGUCUGUUCAAUAACAUUGUGAAGCAAGCGAGGCGCUACUUGAGCCAGUUCGAAAAUACCGGAUCGGAAUUCCACGACGAUACGUACCUGCUGUGGGCGGUACGAUUUUUCAUGGAAUUCAACCGCCAUAACGGACUAAACAUCGAACUAGUGAGCGAGGCGCUGAGCAUGACCACGUUUCAUUGGAUCAUCACGAGAAUCGAGGGCUACAGCGAUCUGAUCGUUACCGACAAAACUCGCAAACGCGUAUGGUCCAAGCGCUUGCACAAUGCAAUACAGACCUACGAUGAGAUGAUAAGCAAUUUGCGUGCACUCAGCGGGCGGUCCGAUCCGGAUGCAAAGGAACUCCUCGCCGUGCUGCAGCAUAACAUUUUCUAUGCCGUUGAGUAUCGGGAAACUGUCAUUCAAUUGCUUUGUAAUUUCAACGAAACGUAUCAAACAAGGAGUUUUUUACGGGUGGUCAUAGAGGUGGCCAAUCGCUUCUUUUCUUUGCUCGAAAAGUUUUGUAACGGAACCAUCCGCGUGCAGGAACGUGCCAAAGCCAAGCGACAGCCAAAUCGCCGCACCGCUGCCACCGCAUCGGAUGCACCGCACAAGACACAGGAAGACCUCGAGGACGAAUGGUUAACGAUGGCACCGAAAGUAGCGGCAAUUCUGCCACACAUUCAAGACUCGCCGGAAUCACUACCAACGCCAUUCGAUGCGGCGUCCUCCGUUCCCAUCGAUGAACAGAGGGGAAGCUGCAUGAUACGUAUUCACGGGCUGCUCCGGGACGAGAAGUAUGAGGACGCGGUGAAGCUAAUGUACGCGGCACGUUCCGUCUGGACCACUGGGGAACACUGCUUUGGGUCGUCGCAAUCGACCCCGGAUGAGAACCUAAUGCUUUUGAAGGAAAUUUUUAUGGCCAAUAUAGCGGACGGUAUGGGAUUGCCAUUCGACACGAUGGCUGACUAUGUAACCACCAUCGAUGCCAUGUCCGCGACGCUGGGCUAUGGCGACAUCAACGAAUAUCACGCCGACCCGGAAGCCAUACAGGGUUUGAAGCUGUUGGUUUGGAUCUUGAAAAACGACAAAGCAGACCACGAGUACCGGCGUUACAUCGGAGAAAAGCAGCUCGUGCAAACGGACCUGAUUCCGUCGCUAGUGCACGGGUUCCAGAAACCGGAAAUUGCCGAUGUGUUGCUGCGUCUGCUCGUAAACUUGACCUUCCCGACGGAGCUGCUUUACAAGGGAAGCUACCCAAAAGACGGCCAUCCAACUGUCAGUUCGGUUUGUUUUGAUCGCAAGUAUUCCAAGCAAAGUGAUGACGCCUCAGAGCCAGCCGCAUUCGCCAAAUGUCUGCAGAAGGUAUCUCCGAAAGAAUCUGGUAAGUAUUGCAAGAGUUUUUUACGGGUGGUCAUAGAGGUGGCCAAUCGCUUCUUUUCUUUGCUCGAAAAGUUUUGUAACGGAACCAUCCGCGUGCAGGAACGUGCCAAAGCCAAGCGACAGCCAAAUCGCCGCACCGCUGCCACCGCAUCGGAUGCACCGCACAAGACACAGGAAGACCUCGAGGACGAAUGGUUAACGAUGGCACCGAAAGUAGCGGCAAUUCUGCCACACAUUCAAGACUCGCCGGAAUCACUACCAACGCCAUUCGAUGCGGCGUCCUCCGUUCCCAUCGAUGAACAGAGGGGAAGCUGCAUGAUACGUAUUCACGGGCUGCUCCGGGACGAGAAGUAUGAGGACGCGGUGAAGCUAAUGUACGCGGCACGGUAA